AUGGAGUCGGACCAGCUCCAGCGGCUCCGCACCGCCCUGAGCGCCGAGCGCGCGAGUGCGGACGUGCUCCCUCGGCCGGAAGAGACAUUCGCCGCCUUCGAGGCCUGCGCCUUCGACGACGUGCGCGUCGUCAUCCUUGGGCAGGACCCUUACCCGACACCCGGCCACGCGAUGGGGCUCGCCUUCUCGGUGCGGCCGGGCGUGCCGCCGCCAGGAAGUCUCCGCAACAUUUACCAGGAGCUGGAGAGCGACGUGGGCGUGCCGCCCGCGCCGCACGGCUGCCUUCGGGCGUGGGCGGAGCAGGGAGUCUUCCUCCUCAACUCCGUGCUGACAGUGCGCGCGGCCGAGGCGGCGUCGCACUCCUCCCUCGGGUGGGAGGCGCUGACCGACGCCGCCAUCCGAGCGCUCAGCGAGCGCCGGACCGGCCUCGUGUUUCUUCUCUGGGGCAAGGCUGCCCAGGCCAAGGCGAGGCUGGUCGACGAGACGUCUCACUCCGUCCUCUGCGCGCCGCACCCGAGCCCGCUCUCGGCGCGGCGCGGCUUCUUUGGCUGCCGCCACUUCUCGAGGGCAAACGACCACUUGCUUGCCCGCGGCGCACCACCCAUCGAGUGGACCUUGCCU